GCCUUCUCACUUAACUGCUUGCCCGUUCAUUUUCAGUUUCGUCGGAAAAAAAUGGCUACAUCGUUCUUGGCGUCUCUUUUCUUCACCUUGUGGGCGCUGCUUAUUUCACCGGCGAUUUCCCUCACCUGUUCCUCCCAGAAGUUUACGAAAAACCAAGUUUACUCCAACUGCCUCGACCUUCCUUCUCUCGCCUCUUACCUCCACUUCACUUACGACCCUUCUAACACUACUCUCUCCGUCGCCUUCAUCUCUACUCCUUCCAAACCCGGCGGAUGGAUUUCCUGGGCCAUAAAUCCCAACGCCACCGGCAUGGCCGGUUCCCAAGCACUCGUCGCUUACAAAAACUCCACCACCGGCGUUGCCGUCGUGCAUACUUUUGACAUCAGCUCUUAUUCUUCCAUUGUGCCGAAGGAUUUGUCGUUCGAAGUUCCAGAUAAGACGGCGGAGACUAGAAGCGACGGGAGCCUGGCCAUUUUCGCUACAAUUAAGGUUCCGGCGAAUUUAGCGGCGAAAGGGACGAUUAAUCAAGUGUGGCAAGUUGGUCCCGGCGUUGGAGAAGGUGGCAUGUUAGAAAGACAUGACUUCGCCGCCGCCAAUUUGCGUUCUAAAGGAACGCUAGAUUUGAAAAAUGGACAGAGUAGCACUAAUUCUGGAGGAGACACCACCAUUAAGAAGAAAAAUAUCCAUGGGAUACUGAAUACUGUGAGUUGGGGAAUUUUGUUUCCACUUGGAGCUAUGAUUGCUAGGUACAUAAGAAGCUUUGAGUCAGCAGAUCCAGCUUGGUUUUAUCUUCAUGUUUUCUGUCAAAUAUCAGCUUAUGCCAUAGGAGUUGCUGGCUGGGGAACUGGUCUUAAGCUUGGAAGUGAAUCCUCUGGUAUCACAUAUUCGGGUCAUAGAUACAUUGGGAUUGCCCUUUUCGUCCUCGCUACUGUCCAGAUCUUUGCUUUGUUUUUAAGGCCUAAAAAGGAUCACAAGCUCCGUUUCUACUGGAACAUUUACCACCACAGUUUUGGAUACGCGAUACUUGUCCUCGGCAUCAUCAAUGUGUUCAAGGGCUUCAAUAUCUUGAAGCCUGAGCAUAAGUGGAAAUCGGCAUAUAUGAUUGUGAUCAUUGCGAUGGGCGGGAUUUCGUUGCUAUUGGAAGCUAUUACAUGGAUUGUAGUGUUGAAGAGAAAGUCCAGGAAAUCCACAAAACCCUAUGAUGGAUACAACAAUGCUCAAUCUAAUCAACAGCCUCUUGCCAUGUGAUCAACCGAUUCCUUGUAGUCCAACCUGGUUUUGUAGCAACCGUCGCCCUCUCUAGACUCGAGACGCUACAUGAGGUUUACCGAUCCCGGACCAGUUAUUUAUUUUUGUCUAUUGUAUGAUCUCUUGAUUCCAUAUAUUGCUAUCAUCACUAGUAUUUGUAUGUAUGUACAUAUCGUGUGUAUAUAUAUAUAUUGCCGAGUAUAUCAGCUAUCUUUUUUUCGGAUAGAAUAUAGGAAGGGUGAAACUUUAUAAGUUUGAAUAUGUAUUGAAAAUGAUUGUGAAACAGAUUGUAUUCAUAAUUCUUUUUCUUUUCACUAUGGUUUAUGAGGAUUCUAGUAUUUGAUAUCAAA